UCUGCCAUAAAGACAGGGUCAGAAAUAAAAGCUUGGAUCCAGAUAUUUGAUAUAAGCAAACAGCUUUUAUAUUCUCUGUUUUCUUCCAAGAAGGAUGUUGAGUUUUAAAUUUAAGUCUUUUAAGUUAGAAAUUUUUUUUUCGUGUUUUUCAAGGGUACAAGACUUAAUUUCCUCUUAUCUGUAACUAUUACUUUGGAGUUCUUAUGUCAGACAAAUUUUACUCGAGCAACAAACACAGACAAUAAGUGUUUCAAAAGGCUGCACAUGUUUAGGAUAAGGAAAUGCAGGAUGAGAAUAUGCAUGGACAAGAUAUGAAGUGACAGGUACCAUGUUUGGAGAAAAAUGCUCUGACACUUUACCGGUUGAUCUUUUCCGACUCAGCCACCAGAAAUCAGGUGAAUCACUUCUUCCAGCAGCAGUGGGGAACUCCCAUUUCCAAACUCCUCUGAAACAAUGUUUUUAUGGGUUGGAACUAAAGUCACAGACAGAAGAAAUGAACGCAUUUCUAUUUAUAGGAGGAUUCGGGACCAUGAAGUCCUGGACAGAAGGAAGACAGUAACGGCUCUGAGGGCAGGCGAGGACAGAGCUAUAUUGCUGGGCCUCAGCAUGGUCUUUGUCUCUGUCAUGAUGUACUUCGUCCUGGGCAUCACCAUACUACGCUCUUACUCUGACAGUGUGUGGACCUAUGAGGACAGCUGCACCAUUGUGAACUCCACCAUAGUAUGGGAUGUAAGCUGUUCAUACAGCUGUGGAGUAGAGUGCUGGAAGAGUUCCCGUUACCCUUGUCUCCAAGUCUAUGUCAGCCUAAACUCAUCAGAAAGACUGGUGCGAUUGCUGCACAAUGAGGAGACACAGGACAGCAAUCCUGAGUGUUUUUACAUUCCAAACUGCCAUAAGGACUAUGCUGCCACACACGCCAUAGUUAAGAACAUUUCUCAGCGACUCAGAUCUCAGCAUACAAUUCAGUGUUAUGUUGACCCAACAGAGAAGACAGACAACGCCAUCAUGACCCAGAUUUAUGGUCGAAUCGCCGUCUUCCACUCUUUAUUUUGGCCAACCUGCUCUUUGUUUGGAGGAACUGCCAUCAUUGCCAUGGUGAAGCUAACCCAGUACCUCUCCUUUAUGUGUGAGAGACUCAACCGCAUCAAAAGGUGAAGGCCUACAAGGGCAGGUCUCAGAUGGAAUCUCAAAGACAGAUUGAAAGGUUUUAUUGUCUCAAUCAGCAAACAAAGGAUGAGGCAAAAGCAAAAGAAAGCUAAGUGUAGACUGCAAUUUUGUUGACUAAAUACAUCUGUACAUGCAACCUACAUAAGAAGCUGACACGAAUGAGGAAGCAUGGAAUGAGGUAUGUUUCAAAAUUGGCAGAUAAAUUAUUUUUUUUCUGCAGUUCAUAAACAAUAAGUGCUGAUGGUGGCUGAAGCUCAUUACCUGUAGUUGAAUUUCAACAGAUAUUGAAAUUACCCCUUUUGAACAAACAGUACUUAAAAUAUUGUUCUCCUUCUUUAGAGACACGCAUAUUAAAUAUUUUAACAAACAUUAUUAACAUGUCUUCCUUUAUCCUUCUGUAGCCCAGUAGAUUGAAGGAUUAAUACCACCAUCAUGUCUAUGUAAAUGCAUUGAUUAGCAUAGGAAAUUGGGUAGAGUCAUUACAUAAAGGUGACUGUGGCUCAGUAGGAAGAGUAGUCGUCUUGCAAUCAGAAGGUUGUGGGUUUGAUUCCAGCUUCCUCCUGCCAUAGGUCGAUGUGCCCCUGGGCAAGGCACUUAACCUCAAGUUGCCUACCGAUCUGCGUAUUGGUGAAUGAAUGUGUGAGCGUUAGUGAGUGCAAUUGGGUGAAUGUGGCUCUAGUGUAAAGUGCUUUGAGCGGUCUGUAUGACUGGAAAAGCGCUAUAUAAGUGUAGUCCAUUUACAUAAAAGUAGUAUUUGUACAAUUUUUCAUUCAUCCACAGUCACUGUCCAAGGACCAUGAAUAAAUAAAUGGGGUAAAUGUCCAAACUCCUAAAAAAGGAGAGGAAAAGGUGCAUUUUUACAGCACAGACAUCUCAGUAAAGUUAAAGGUUUAUCAGACAAAAAUACACUAGUCACAAGUAAGACAAGGCAAGUGUAUUUAUGUAGCACAUUUCAGCAACAAGACAAUUUAAAGUGCUUUACAUGAAGAAAAAAGUACAUUGCAGUGACAAGAAAACAUUAAAAAGUAAAUUGCAGUGUCAUGAUUAAGGAAAGGAAAGAAAAAUAAAGAAUGGUAAUGCCAGCAGAAUAACAGCAGGGAACAGCUUCUCACUGUGGACAGCGAUGUCUUUUAUCCUGUCUGUUCCAAGGUGGAAAAUCCUAACUGACCACCAUCUACAUCCUUAUUCAAAGAGGAUGUGCAGGUGUGAUAAAUAAACUGAAUUUAUAUAUAAUAUGGGUGAAUGUGUAGUACUUUCAGUGGCCUGUGUGACUUUAGUCGAACUCCAAAAUGUGAACAAAUUCAUAUACUAAUAUGCCAAUGGGGAGUCAACCUAAAUGUCUUGGCCACAGGCACAUCAACAAGUGGCAGGGGAGGAAGUUGAAUCAAACUCAAAACCUUCACAUGGCAAGACAACUGCUCUCCCUGUUGAGUCGCGGUCUUCCCAUAACUGUGUGUACAGAACAUGCUCAGUGUAGGCUCAGCACAUGUGCAACUCAUUUCAUCCAGAGACCAUUUUUUAUUUCGUGACUGGCUGUUUUAUGUUUUGUUUUCAUUUAGAAUUUCACUAUGUGACACUCAUUUUAGCAGCUGAUAGUUAUUGUAAUGUGUGUUUUUUUUUUGUUUAAAGUAUAUAUGUUCUUGAGAAUGUUGCUUUAAGAGCAGUGAUUAAUGGCAAUUGUAAAAACUGCUGCUGUUUAAUGAUUAUUCUAAAGACUUUGAAAGCAUCCCAAAAAAUAUGUAUGUUUACUGUUUUAAAUAAAUAGACACAUGUCUCCUGUUG